AUGGCUUGGGGUUAUUGGAGUGCCACAACAGUGGAUCGUGGCCGUUCACCGCGCCGCAAUACACAAUGUACACCACUACCGGUGAAUUUGAUGCAACAAGAGGAGGACAACGGCUGUAACAAUGCACAAAAUACUGCAGUUGCGGCAGCGGCUUCUGCUGCAGCAUCAGCAAAUAAUUCCAAUACUGGCAAUGGUACCGGUCCCAGUGGCAAUUCGAAUACUUGCCCGAAUACACCAUCCGGCACGCAAGCAAAUCUCUGCUACAGUCCAACAUGUCGCAGUCGCUGCAGUAGCCCCUGUCCGGGUAGUCCAUGCCCGGGCAGUCCAUGCGGUUCGAUAACACCACCGCCGCCGCCUCAACUCACAUCAUCGCAACAGCAUUUGCAUCAGCAUUCGAAUAAGAAUUGUCCAGCCGCACAGCAGAUACUCAAUUUGGAUGAUUAUCCGUCGCGCCGACAAUCGUUGGACCGACUCGAUAGUCCACAGUCGAAAUAUUUCGGUCUACAGGCUAAUCAGCUGUCGGAUAUUUUGUGUCGCGGAGCUGUCGUGUCAUCGAUACAAUCGGCAAAUAAUACGCUGACGCGUGGCGUAUCGCUGCACAGCCGAAGCGGUAGCGCUCAUGGUAGCAUUCAUGGUGGUAGCCAUCACAGCAGCUAUGGUGGUGGCGGAACGGGUAGUGCGCACGGCUCAAUGGGUUGUCUGCAAGGCAGUAUGGGACAUUUGAUGGGCGCUGGUGGUAUCGGCGGCGGCGGCGGUGGAGGCGGUGGCACGAGCACUAGCGGCAGUGUCGGCAUGUUGUCGGGCGCAAUCGACACGGGCGACUAUGAUGUACCACAUCCGCAUCCAUAUACGCAUCAUUAUAUGCAGACAUCUACAUCGAUUACGCCGCCCCAUUCGACAAUGAGUUUGAUCGGUUCACGACCCGGUUCGGCUGGCGCUUGCCCGGGUCAUGAUUCGGGCUCAGACUCAAGUCAAGGCUGCGUCUCCACAAUGGGUGCCGGUGGCGGCAUGGGCGUUAGCGGUGGUAUCGUCGGUGGAGGUAUGAGCGCUGGCAGCACCCAUGGUAGCCACAUGUCGACGCAUAUGAUCGGUGGUGGUGGUGGUGUUGGUGGCGUUGGCGUUAACGUUGCCAUGGGCAUGGGCAUGAUUGGUCAUCAUAGCGGUGGCAGCGGUUCAUUGGGACGUUGUUCCAGUCGUUGCCAUAGUACAAUGAAUGCAACAACUACCACCACCACUGAUGAUUCGGGCGGUGGCAGCGGCGGUAGUGGUGGCAGUGUUUUCGUCGGCAGCUGUCGCAUGGGCCCAUCCAGUGGCGGUGGUAUGGGCGGCAUGGGUGGGGCUGGUGUUGGCAUUAACGUUGGCAUGGGCAUGAUUGGCGGCAUGGUGGAGGCUACACAUCGCGGCAGUCUGCAUGGCAGCGAAGGCAGUGGCUUGAAUGUUUGCGGUAUGGGCGGCAGCGGUGGUAGUGGUGGUAGUGGUGGCGGACGCAGUAGUACACUCGGCACCAUACACAAUGGGCAUCAUCAUCAUCAGUAUCACCAUGAAUGCAUACACUAUGAGCGUCUACCUAUACCUGUUCCUAUACCGACUGUGCCAACACAACAACAACAGCAGCAACACUUGCAUUCGGAGGAGGAAAUCGAACCGGCCUAUGCAACAGUAUUUCCAAAUGUACCUUCUGCACCUGGCAUGUCCUGUGAUGGAGAAGAUCGCAGCAUCUACAGACGUGGCGCACGCAGAUGGCGCAAACUAUAUCGCGUUAAUGGACACAUUUUCCAAGCCAAACGCUUCAACCGGCGCGCCUUCUGCGCCUAUUGUCAGGAUCGCAUCUGGGGCUUGGGACGGCAAGGUUUCAAGUGCAUUCAAUGCAAAUUGUUGGUGCACAAAAAAUGCCAUAAACUCGUACAGAAGCACUGCACCAACGAACAUGUGGAACCGUUAGUUCGAGAACGUGAUGAUGCUUUCGCCGAACAGUUGCCGGAAGUGUUGCCACCAUUGCCCGAUUAUGCGUCACAAGCGAGUGGCAGCGGUCAUGGCAUGGUGGAUCCAUGUGAUCCUCUAGCUGCGUUAGAAAUACAACCGCACGAUGGGCAACUACAGCAACAGCAACAACAUCAGAAUAUCGAAGAGCAAUUGGAGCCGGGCACACAACGGCAAUAUUCAAUUAACGAUUUCGAAUUGAUACGCGUGAUUGGACGCGGCAGCUACGCCAAGGUGUUGAUGGUCGAGCUAAAGAACACCGGCCGUAUUUAUGCGAUGAAAGUGAUUAAGAAAGCGCUCGUAACCGACGACGAAGAUAUCGAUUGGGUGCAAACGGAGAAGCAUGUCUUCGAGACAGCCUCCAAUCAUCCGUUCUUGGUGGGCUUGCAUUCGUGCUUCCAGACACCGGCGCGUCUCUUUUUCGUUAUUGAAUUCGUACGUGGUGGCGAUCUUAUGUUCCACAUGCAACGACAACGUCGUCUGCCCGAAGAGCAUGCACGCUUCUAUGCGGCGGAAAUUAGUCUGGCACUGAACUUUUUGCAUGAGAAAGGUAUUAUAUAUCGCGAUUUGAAGUUGGACAAUGUGCUGUUGGAUCAUGAGGGUCACAUUAAGUUGACCGAUUAUGGCAUGUGCAAGGAGGGUAUACGUCCCGGCGACACGACCUCCACAUUCUGUGGCACACCCAAUUAUAUUGCGCCAGAGAUAUUGCGCGGCGAAGACUAUGGUUUCUCAGUGGAUUGGUGGGCGUUGGGCGUGUUACUGUACGAGAUGUUGGCCGGUCGCAGUCCAUUCGAUAUUGCGGGCGCAUCGGAGAAUCCCGAUCAAAACACUGAAGAUUAUCUAUUCCAAGUGAUUUUGGAAAAGACCAUACGUAUACCGCGUUCGUUGAGCGUCAAGGCAGCGUCUGUAUUGAAAGGUUUCCUUAACAAAAAUCCAGCUGAUCGUUUGGGUUGUCAUCGCGAGUCCGCUUUCAUGGACAUCGUGAAUCAUCCGUUCUUCAAGAGCAUCGACUGGGAAAUGCUCGAACGCAAACAAGUUUCGCCACCAUUCAAGCCGCGCUUAGACUCUGAUAGAGAUCUAGCCAAUUUCCCACCCGAAUUCACAGAGGAAGCUGUACAGCUGACGCCCGACGACGAUCGUGUCAUUGACAAGAUAGAUCAAUCGGAAUUCGAAGGAUUCGAAUAUGUGAAUCCGCUGCUGAUGUCGCUGGAGGACUGCGUCUGACACCACGAGUCAUGUGAUUUGCAUCCCUAUAAUAUGCGUUUGUAUGGCGAGGACUCCAGUGAUUAUGACUCUGUAGCUGAUGAUUUAAGUAUUUUACAAUUGCACGCACCGCCUCCAACAACCGCUAAUAAUAAUAUAACGAAUCUUCGUAU